AAUACGGACCUGUUUCCAGUGACACGCUCCCGUCUCUUUAUCAGCCUCUGUCAUGUCUGGGCCGCUGUUCACAACAUUCACUGUCCUGGAUUCUGGGGUGGGAUUUGAUCUCCUUGUUGUUUCAGCGAGGUUUUUUGUUGUUGUUGAUGUUCAACUCUGAGUUUCAGGCUGAGGCUGGUAACAACUGUGGUUACUGCACAGAAGAAGAGAAAUAUAUUCUUCUGGUGAUGAGAGGUUUAGAGCGCAGCGACAGGAUGCCACACGUUUGAGGAGAAAAGUCUGAGCUUCGGAAACUAGUCGCAGCUGGAACUCUGGACUCAGCUUGCUGGCAGCUCCUCUGCAGGAUCUGAUGGAGCCAGAGACGGCAGUGUGUUGUCGCUUUUCAUUGACUCUCACAGCAGAAAAAGGGCUAAAGUUCUGACUCCCCAAUCUGCCAUGUUGACUUCUCCCCAGUUCUCUUUAGCAGUGGCCUCCAAAGCUGUGAUCUCCCCAGUGUAGGUGCAUUUUUCUGCUGUUUAUAUCAGCAUGCAGUGAAGUGUGACUGGUAAUGUCAGCUCUUUCAAGGGCGCCUCUUAAGGUGGACUGUUAAGGAGGAGCGUUAAGGAUGUACGAAGCGCUCUGCUGUUCUCCAAAUUUCCAGCGGCAGCUCGAUGCAGAGUAAAAAUAUAAUAAUAAGUUAAAUGAUAACUUAACUUAAAUGAUAAGUUAAACCUUGAUGCGAAAGGGUCUUCAUUACGCAGGUCUACUCCGUUACAACUCUCACCUCAGUGACCCUUCAAGUGAUGUGAGCACAGAACGACUGCAUUAAACUUAAGUUAAACUGACUUUUCAAUUGGUGGGAAAUUAAAGUUUUAUCAGUUUCUUCAUUGUGCCUCAUAACACAACCAGAGUCAAGGCUCCGCCCCCUUGACACAGUCCCAAGGUUGGCAGUGAAAACACACACACUUGGACGGCUCCAUGAACCGGAGUUGUGGGACGCACACUCAGAGAAAGAACACGAGUGAGAGGCUUCACAUUCACCGUCGAUGACCCCAGAAGUGGUCAGCAUCACGUUUUCCUAGCGCUUCAUGGACAUGGCAAACAUGGAGCUUUGGCUCGAACAGAAGAUGAGUUCAGUUGUGAGCUGGUGGGAGGCGAGGAAAACAGACGGACGCAUUGUACUGUUGCACAUUUGUCCACGACCCCUGACACUGUAGCCCACUCACCCGCUCCCACAAGGACCGUGUUGUUCUUCAGCAGCGAAGAACACACACUCAACCUCAAUCCUCCGACCUUUUGUGUGCUGGCUUUUGUGUGUUUUUAUGACUGAGUGAACAAUUCCUGAGCUUUCAAUAUAGCACUGAGAUGUGAUAGUAGCUUUGACUGUACUCGGUUCAGGACAGUAGUAGUUAAAAAAAGAGUAUGGAGUUUUGUUUGCACCCGGACUUCAGGACCACAGGAAGUGGAGAUUCAUCUUGUCCCUCAGUUGGUCAGUCAAACAUGUAAAGCUUGGGAAGCUGAGCUGAAGUCUGUAAGAGAAGCUGGAAGCAGGAGCAUGUAUAAUGCAGUGCUAAUGAAAGAAAGAAAGCAGGGAGGAGUGGAGGAGUCUCUCAUUUGGCCGGUGACACUCACUAACAGAGGAGCCUCAUAAAAACGUGUUCAGUGUCAGCUUCCCCGCAGGAUAGUCGAGUCGAUGCUGCACAAGGUCAGGUACCUCUUCUGCCCAGAGGGAAGUCCAGUCCAGAUCUCACGUUGAGACCUCUGUACCUUCCUCUUGGCUACAUGUCCUGCAGCAGCCAUCUGUCGUAGUUCCAAUGUAGCGCUGUAUUAUGCUUAUGUCCUCGCUACAACUUGAAGAUGUGUCGAAGAAAUGGACCUGCUGUUGUGGUAAAGUCCACUCAGGCUCUGCUAAAGCAGUAAAGCAAGUGAAUAUUAUCAUUAACUGGACGACCGCCGACAGCACUUCCAUUCACUUCACCGUCUUUUCACUUCCCCAGUCUAUUCAUCUGAAUCAUAAACGACCACAUUCAGCAUUUCAAUCCUUCGUUUUAGCAGUUGUUGACAUGCAAACACUUGCAAAGGUGUUAAACAUAGAGUUGAAAAUGUGUCAUUUUUAAUACUGCAGCCUGAUGACAAAGCAGUUUAGUAUUUGGCCAUGCAGGAUCAGGAGCCUUAUCGUGUCUCACAGGCUUGUGUUUAAAAGAAUAAUAAAUAAUAUUGAUGACAUUCAUUUUUAACCUUUUUAAGCAUAGAAUUCAUGUGUGCAAAUGGGAGGGAGGCAGGUGGACUUGGGAAGAUGAAGGAGUAGAGUCAAAACAUGGGGUCAGUUACCAGUGUAGCAGACAGGAAUUAAGAGGGGUGAAGAAUAGAGUGCGGGCAGGGAGGAAGAGAUGGAGACAGCUGAUGGCUGAUCUGUGACAGCAGUGUACCAGCCAGACCAGUGUGUCCUGGGGUCUCACAUCAUAUACUGGGGCUGCUGUGGGUCAAACCAAAAGAUCAUUUUUACACCCAUUUAUGCUGCCUUUUCACUGAUCACAUGCUUCUUUAUGUUGGUAUUGCUGUUCACCAAUAUAUCCAGCAGGGGGAGCAGCCCAGAGUUAAACCUUUAUGACAACAACACACUCCAAACCAACAUGGCGACUGUGGAGUCAGUGUUGAUCCUGUAGCUCUGGCACAGAAGAGGAAACGGAGGCAGCGUUGUAGGACGCAGUGGUCGGUGAGGAGGUGAAAUAUAUGGCCACUGGAGGACGGAGAGUUUCCACCAUCUUCUUCCUGUCUCACUAGAGCUACAGAUCGUGAAGUAACAGCAACACUGCCCCCCAUGGUUUCAGGUGGUACUGCUCCGUUUGGUUUGCAUCCAUAAGCUUGGUGGAAACGUGCAGAAAUACAGAGGAAAUAAAGGCAGAGCACCUAACGUUGAGCAUAAAUGGACCUUUUUGGUUUCACCGCAGCACACAUGCAGGUAAAGGGCAGCUUUGGCCAGAGCUGGAGUGAAAGGGAAGGCCUGUAGGAGGGUAGUGAGACCUGCUGUGAUGAAUGGUUUAGAGAGACACCCGCUCUGACAAAGGCCCUUUACACACGCUCACUUCAUGGCUUUGUCUGACAUCUGAUCACAUGACCACAUUUAUUUACACACGGCUGUAAGGCGCUUCCUCAGUGACAUGCAUGGUGCUGAUGGGGAUUUCAACAUGGCUUGUUGAAUGAGCGAGGCAAGCUUCACGCUCAAUAACACAAAGCGAUUGAUCUUUUGUCGCUCCAGCAGAACAUCACGCAGAUCCAUCUGCUCCCGGCACCGUCACCAGGUCGCUCUAUUUUUACCCCUCCACUGUGGCGACAACAUGAGGGGUUUGGAGCCUAAUGGCUUCCUGAAAAUCAUGCCAUUAACACUGGUGGAAGCAGCUGAAGGCACAGUGGGGCCAGUCAUGAGCGACAACAUUCUGGUUCAUAGACAAAAAUGACGGGAGUCAAAACAUCUAUCAAUUAAAAAUGUCAAAGAUUUUUACAGCGAAGAGAAAAGCAGACCACGCUAACAUUGUCUGCAAAGAUUCUCUGAGCUUCAACUCUGCUCUGGUCCAAACUGGAACCUUUGUUGUGCUCUUCAGAUAUAGUUUUAUCAGACCCAAACAUGACGAUGAUGGAAAAUUGUCCCUGGUGAACAGAUAAUCUCACGCCACUCCGCUUGUAUUCAGAACAACAGCGAUGCUGCCACGUCUUUGCUCAGGUGACUACAAAGUGCAGGUGAGAGCAACAUCCUUUAAGUGGUGUGGCGGCCCACUAUCGAUCCAAGUGUCAGAUGAUCUGAUGGAUCACAUCCCGUCAUCUGUCAGCAGACCUGUGGUGCCAGGAGCUGUGUGACGGGGGAUGCUUCAGGAAGCCUCCGUGGUGUUAUGUUCUCAUGCAUGGAUGUCACAACUACAGUCACGUGGUGCCAGCCGUAGAUGAGCCCUGGACACUGGCCCUGAAAAGUGAUUUGAUUUUGCUCCUGUUCUGUUUGGACUAAAGAUUUGCACAUGAUGAGCUCCUGCGUUGAGCGACACGACCGCCACCCGCUGUCCCACCAAGCUCAUUGCAAACUGAAAAUGGGUUGAAAAAUGUCACCCUCAGCCUGACUCUAACGGUGUGUUACAUAGACGUUAGACGCAAGUGGACCUAUAUAUGUUGACGCUGAGGCUGCAGGGUGUUAGCUCAUAAAUGUAGUCACUGGAGUGCAAACAUUUUCCUUCACAUGUAGCCUGGAACGCUCCUCCUUACUGACGGUGCAGACGCCAUGACUGAAACGCACGGCUGUUUGAGGGGACACGUUACGAUAUGUGGAUCGAAUAGUGCGUCACCCCAUGGCUCACGCAAAAGUCACCAUAUUAUAUCACGCCAUGGGAGUGAGACUGUGUUGGUAACUAGAUUCUAAUCGCUUGUCUCCUAUUCUACAGUCUCUUCUGACUCCAAUGUUCUGAUUUUUUCACUUCAAUAUAUGUCACUAAUCCAAUGGGAAACGUGAAAUAGAAUAUAUUCACAACACACAAAUGCAUGAACCAUCAUUUUUACGCUCACUUGGUGGAUUUAGAUGGCGAGAGCUAGUCAUGAGUUGAUGAAGCUUCAUGAAACACUGUCCUAAUUUUCAGAGGCCACCAGGUGACGCUGUCUGCUGUGAAAUGUUUGGACUUGAACAACUCAUUCAGUGAAACCUCACAUCAUUUCUGAACCAAAAGCGCCAUCUAGUGACCUCUGAACAUGAGGACAAUGUUUCAUCAACCCUGCAGUACUGUUUCAUGAUACCUCAUCUGCCUAUCACUAGUGUGAACUCCCCCAAGUAGAGAGGAUUUUUGCUCAUUUGAACAACAACUUCCAUGAGUUCAGGUUGCGGUUCUUCUUGCUAUCAGUGUGUUCCACUUUGAGAGGCGAAUCCACUUUUUUAUUUGUGUUGUGCUGUUGUUGAUUCUUUGUACUGAUGCUCCGUCACGUUACAUCAUUUUAUUUCCACUCCUCGAGGGCUCAGGCUCGGUCAACCACAGUAAGUCAACACACUCCCUUCUGGAGUUUGAGGCUGACAGCUGCAGUUCAAAUAUCUCCACAAGUCUCUGCUCAGACUGAGGAGUUUUGCGGGGCGCCAGUUGAAGGUUUGAGGAAAAACCACACCUGAGUGCGAGCUGCAUUUUCCUGUAAAGUGCCCUCACUCAGCCGGGUGGGCGUCAGCGGGAUGGCGGUCAGCACUGUCAUGGUCACUUCUCACCGAGCUGCGAACACCGUCCUUCACCACAGUUUUCGCAACCUUCGCAUUCCAAAUGUGAGCAAGCACGAAGUUGACGGGCUGAAACCCGUCACUUGUGUGCUGACGCAGCAGACUGAGGCAUCAAAAUGCAAUGCAUAAUCCAUCCCAUUAUUUUUAAUAGGAUAUUUUAAUGUGAUUUUUCCGGCCUCUCGGAGGAUCAGGGCCUGUGGUAGACCAAAGCCUCAGCCUUGCAAAUAUUUCCCAUGAUGUCAGGCACUGCCCACAUGGCUGUUUGAGCGCUCACUCUGUUUGGGAGGAAAACAGACACACACAGCGGGAAUCUGUGGAAAACCAAGAGUCUGGUGGAAAAUGUGCGAGUGAGAAUCUGGAAACUCAAGGAUGGCAUUUAGUGGCAUCCGAUGAAAUUCUUUGGCUGAACAUUUUCAGAGGGGUUCAGAGAGGUACAUUCAUUUCGCUGUUUGCCAGUCGGACACCGACCACUGCUGCCACAUUAUCACCAGAGCAUCAGGUUCUAGAUUCAGCUUCGCAAAACUGGAGCCAGCAGCCGAGGCUAAGAGGCGUGGUCUUCCUUCCCACUGCCCGGACACCUCCUCCUGCUCUUCUGGAUGGGAGAGUAGAACCUUCUUCACUGCAACAGAGUGUCCUUCUGAGGGUCUUGCAUUGACCUUAGUCAUGGUUCGAUGCGGCAUCAUGAAGCAGUAUUGCAGGGUUAAAGAAACGGUGACCUCAAUUUCAGAGGCCGCUGUUGGUUUAGAAAUGAUGUGAGGUUUCGUUGAAUUGGUUGUUCAAGUCCAAACAUUUUGCAUAAGUCAAUGCCAUCUGGUGGCAACUUAUAUGUGACUAUAUUAUAUGACUUAAAGGUCAAUAACUCUGUUAUUAUAAGAUGGCUGCUGCCCAUGAGUCUCGUCGGUCUGACUGUCCAGACCCAGAUGUGUCAGCGUGUUACCGUGUGCCGUCCUCUGUCAUCACUGUGCCACUGAGAAAUGCUGCCCUGGUGGAAAUCUGACCUCCAUCUUGUCACACUAGUCGUCUGGAAUCUGAGACCCUCUGGAAGGAACCAAAGUAAACUCCACUCUCUAAAUCAUCAGGGGAGAAUUGGGCUUCAUGAAACAGUGGCCUCAUUUUCAGAGACCACCAGAUGGCACUCUGCUGUAAAAUCAUUUCUAAACUCAAUAUGUGGCGUCACAUUCAAUACCGAUGUUUCAGACUUGAGAAUCGGCCGAUACCGAUCCGAUUUGAUACCUUCUACUUGUCACUCAAAGAGUUGCUAAGUAAGUUUAUGGCUAUGAAGUGUUGAACACUGACGCCUAAACACACCAGUCCACUGACGUUGAGCACAACUGCUUUGGCUGCAUUAGGACCUAAAGCUGUAAAAGGUAUAAAUAAAAGUGCAAGAUGACAAAAGGGUCAAACCUGAUACAGAUCCAGGCCGAUACCGAUAAUCCCUAAUGGACAAGGUUGAGCAUAUUAUUGUUAUUUUAGUGUUACUUUAAUGUCACUUGUGACAGUUUACAAGGCGAGAACACAUUCCUAGUUGAUGGUAUUUAUUUGAUCAUGUCAUGAAUUCUGAUUUAAGAGGCAUCUUCAUGGCAUCACUCCUCUCGAUUGGGUCCGGUCAAGUUCCGACUAUUGCGUUGUAUGUACCCUGCUCUACCUGCUCUUCCUCAACAUUUAGCUAUUAGUUCGGAUGCAAGUCGUGGGCUCGGACUCGGAAAUCCUGGUGAUGCCAGACACCCUGGCAACAUGAGAGGCUUGUGCAUUGUUGCAUUCAUGGACUGGUACAGGUUUGUUUUUGACUGUAUUUGUCUGUGACUAAAGCAGAGGCCAGUUUCAGAAGGUGGGACAUUGUUCCUGUGGCACAUCGUUUCACUCUCAUGGAUCUUUAAAUCUGUGAAAGCCUUGUCAUGUGUGAUAGUUCAGUUCCCUCACUCACUGUUCCAACAUUUGUCAAACCUCUGUAGGACGCAACACAAUGGCCCAAUCACGGAUUCAUGUCAUGUUCAAAGCCGUGUGAAAGGAAGGCUCUGCCUCUCAUUAGCUGCUCGAAUGAGGGGGUGGAGCCUGAAACAAAAGAGGUGAACGAUCUGUCGUCCAAAAUAGACCCGGACGCUGCCCAAAGCAUCUCUGAUGGUGACCUCUCGUCAUCUCGUGUGGGACGGAUUCAACAGUCAGUCCCCGGCACAGACAUGGAAGACAACAGGCUUUUGGAUUUGAACAGUGUAAACACUCCACUGAACCUCAUGCUGCUUGUCUGUCCCUGUCCAGCCGACAUCUCCAGCAUGUGUGACGUGGACGUGUCCCCCGAACCCACCAGUCCCACCCUGUUGGGCGAGUCCUCAGACAAGUACUACCAUGUGGAUCGCUGGCAGAAGCUGCGCACGGCCGUCCGUAAGCUGGAGUUCUGGGAGAACUUCUCGGCCGAGCUGAUCGGGAGCGGCUUCUUCUCCAUGGUCUACAAGGCGACACAUAGCACCACCCGCAAGGUGAUGGUGGUGAAGAUCUACAAGAACGACGUGGACCAGGACAGCAUCGUGCGUGAGAUCAGCCUCCUGCAGAAACUCUCCCACCCCAACAUCGUCAGAUAUUUGGGGAUCUGUGUCAAGGAAGAUAAACUCUAUCCAAUUCUAGAGUACGUGAACGGCGGCUGUUUGGAAGAGCUGCUGGCCAAGAAGGAAAUCCUCCUGAGCUGGAGGGAGAAAGUGGAUCUGGCCAGUGACGUCAGCAGAGGCAUGAUCUACUUGCACUACAAGAACAUCUACCACAGAGACCUCAACUCCAAGAACUGCCUGAUCCGGGUCACGUCUCGUGGACGGGAGGCUUUGGUGACAGACUUUGGACUGGCCCGCGAAGUGGUGGAGCCGCCAGUCAAGGACCCGGGCAGGAAGCUGUCGCUGGUGGGCUCGGCUUUUUGGAUGGCACCUGAGAUGCUGCGAGGCGAGCCGUACGACCGGAAGGUGGAUGUUUUCUCCUUCGGUAUCGUUCUGUGUGAAAUCCUGGCCAGGAUUCCUGCCGACCCUGAGAUUCUGCCCAGGACUCAGAAUUACGGCCUCAACGUGGAGGCCUUCCGAGGCCUGGUGAGAGGGUGUCCCGAGCGCCUGGUGGACCUGGCGUCCCGCUGCUGCAUGGUGGAGUCUUUCAGGCGGCCUGCCUUCACGGAACUGCUUGAUGAACUGGGUGAGGUGGCUGAGACUCUUGAGCUGCUCCCAAAAUCGGACCUGCCCACCAGCUGAGCGACCAGGCGCUGGCAUGUCUUGGAAAUGUUCAUCACGUUCCUCCAGCCCCAGCCCGACACACGGGGGAACAACAGUGACACCGCAUGACGGAAUUGUUCGGACGAGGACUUUUUGCUCUGAUCCACGUGUAAAUAGGUAUUUAGGUUUUUUUCUGACUCGUAGGAGUGAAGACACAAGUUUAUCAUCCUCCUGAGGAGAUGCUCCACGACAGACUCUGGCAAGCGCUCGAAGGAGUCUCCAGAUCAGAUGUUCCACCUGGACUCUCCACUUUGCUUCUGUGUCUGAACAGGCUUUUAAUCCGCUGAGAUGUUUUGUACACCUGGUUUUACUGAGUUUAAAUGCUAUUUUCUGCUGUCAGCGACCACAAUGGUAUUUUCAAUAAUAAAAAA